CACUAACAGUCUCACACUAGACCCAAAAUCAUGGGAAAGCUUUCUGGGAGGUGGGGAGAAAAUUUGGCUCCAUAGCCAGGCGUGAUCUCCUUGCCAAUGAAGAGCUCAGUAUUCCCAGUUGGACCAACAGCAUCUGAAUUUGCUGGGAUUAUGAGGAAGACAAAGUAUUCCUGGGGAGCCUUCGCAGGAAGAGGCAGCAAGUUGGCUGGGGAAAACACAAGGAUGCUUCCCAAGACUGUGCAUGAGGAGAGAAAGAAGCAGGAAGCCAAGAGGAGAGGGAAGCUGAAAACCGUGGCAGGAAAAUUGCUGAAGGCCGUGGCUGGUGGUAAAGAGGCAGUGGAGGAGAAGGCCAGCAGUGAGGAUGUGGCAGGGAAUUUGCUGAAGAUGGCAACCAGCAGGAAGGAAGUGGAGGGAGAGACACCUGCAGAGGAAACCAUCUGUGGAUUCAUUGAGCAAGGAAAAUUUUUUGAAGCUUGUGAUCGUAUUUAUGAUCUGGAGCAUUCUGGAAAUGAUGGUGUGGGAAAGUCUGAAUCACUUUAUACGCUGCUGGCUGAACGAAUGUGGACUGUGGUGGGAGAAGCACUCCGUGGAAGUGGUGGGAUGUUCCUGGAGCCGUUGCAGUCAGUGGGGGAAUCGCUGAAGUGGGAGAAGCAGAAGGAAGCAGAGUGGCUUGGCAGCAGCCAAGAGACGGAGUCUGUUUCCACCUGGAGUCCAAACUUCUGGAGGAAAGAUCUGGAGGAAAAGCUAAUACAUUAUAUAACAGCCCAGAUUCCCCCCUUUGGUUCCUGUAGUAACACAGAUGAGGCUGCACUGAAACAGCACCUGAGUCAGCUGGAAAUGACGUUUAUCCCCAGCCUGGAGCACAGAAGUGGUUUCUUCAAGGAAGCAGGACUGCUCGUCACCUACACCCACUGCUGUCAUGCCUCUUUGUCUUCUCACCUUUCCACACUUACUGACAGUAGCAAUUUCAGCUUCAGCCAAUGCCUUUUAGUUUAUGAAUGGGGCCUUAAAAUGUACAAAAGCAGCAGCGAGACAUGUCUGGGACCCAGGCAAACCCCCCAGCACAACCUUUCCUUUGGUGUACAGUGUCUCAUGUGGAUUAUUUUGAAGACUGAGGAAAAGUUACUUGCAGCCACCCGGAAGGAAGUAGGGAAAGCCCUGAAAGAAGCCUUUGAUAUCGGGAAACCCCCUUGUGCAGAUGCUGCAGUCAUUCAGAUUCUGACAGAGAAGACAGAGGCUGCCUGGCGUGUCAGUGAGAGCCUGAGUGAGAAGGUGGAAGCUGUGUGCCUGGAGGAGUGCCUGAAGUUCCUGGACAGCUACCAAAAUGAAGUACGAAGCUCUCUCCAGCUCAACAGCUGCCCUGGGAUCUGCAGCAGCUUACGAAUCCUGGAGAACUGCUGUAUUCUCAGGACUGUCUGGCAUAAGCUGACAUACAUUUGCAGUGCCAGCACUGGGCAGGAUGUUAAGGUAAAUGGAUUUCUAGACAGGAUGGAAGAUGAGAUUACGGAGCAUUUUCUGCAGACAGUCACUUCUAAAGUCAAGGGAACACUGAAGGAGCACUUCAAAAAGUGUGACAGUGGUUUUGACCACAUCCUUGAAUCCUUAAAGCAAAGCUUUUUGGCAUUUGGGAAGAAAAAAACAGACACGUAUGAGGCCCUCGUCAAGGCUGUCAACGCCAUCAUUAUUACAGAAUAUCUGCAGGCCCUCCUGACCACUUCCAGGAAACCAUCUUCCGUGCAGAGGAGGAGGAUUGUCAGCAAGAUAGCAGAAGAUCAUAGAAUGCUGCAAACCGUCUUUAAAGAGUGCUUAGGUCCUGCGGCUGGUCCCCUCAAGGAUCCUCUCAAAGCAAUUUUAGAACUUAUUCAAACUUCUGAUGCUGAGGGAAUGAAAAUAGCCCUUCUGCCCAUUCUCAAAGAAUUUCCUGAUCUGAGGAAGGAACAUCUGAGUGCGGUGCUGGACAUCAAAGACUCGCUCAGCCGAGAAGACCGAGCUGCUCUCUUGAAGGCAUUUCACGAUAAUUACAGGGAAUCAGAAACAGAAGCAAACUUGCUUUUUGCAGAUAUAGAAGUAAAACCUAGAAAAUACGGACUCUGUGGCUGCCUCUGCUGUUAGCAAAGGCCUGCCGUGAGAAACAUGAGGUCUCACUCCCACGUGGCAGCAUCUGCAAUCACAGCUCCUUGAAAGCUUUGGGGACCCGUGCAGCCGGAUGCACAGAGAAGCCUGACAGCUAUGGAAGACACACUUCCUGCACUUCUGCAGGAAAAACAUGUGGCCAAAAUCCGAAUCUUCGCUGCAAAGCCCAGGUGGAAGGUGAAUGAGAUAUGGCAGAAAGACAUUCCUUCGAAAUUUCCUAGAGAUUGCCACUUAGCUGAGUCCUGGUGGUUAUUCCCAGGACGUGGCAUGGUGGUGUGUGGAGGGGGAGGAAAGUUCCCCCUCACCAAAUGUCUCUCCAUUUCCAUCCCUUGUUUCCUGCAAUCUCACAUGAAACCAGGGACUGCUGCGGUGUCCUAGCAGGUGACAUGGCAUCGCAACCUCCCCCAGGGACUCAGGACCCUCCGUUAGGGCAUCCUGCCCAGCCCAUGGUGCUGGUGGCACCUGGAUCCACCCCUCAAAGCCUGGAAGGAUGCAGAGAGCUGCUCUUCUCUUGCUCCCUACACACAAAGGCUGUGACCCAAUUUGGGGACAGCCUGCCAUGGCACCGGCUGCGGGACAGGGAGCUCUUCCCAUAUGAGUUUUACAGCUGGCUCUGGAGCAGAGAUUUGCAUUCAUUUUUAUACCUCAGUUACUGGAAAUUUCCUCUUGGAGAGGGAGGGGAAAGCCUCCUGGGAAGCAGGCAGUGAAAGGAGUUGUUUGUCCCGGCCUCCGGGCAAGGUCUGUGCUGUUUUCAGAUGUAAAUAGGCAGUUCCGCCGGGAAAACACUGAUUUUUCUUCCCAGUUAUCUAUGGACUGGUCACAACCUCCAAGCUGGAUUUGGUUCAAGGCCCUCCUUUGCUAUUGUGUUAAUAUAGGCCAUUACAGCUCCUCUCUGGCCCUGUAAAUGAGAAAAAAGCUUUGCUACCUCUGACGUGCCAGUGCUUUUUUGAGCAGCCAUUUCCCUUCAAAUCUGCUUCCCCAACAAGAAAAGGGGUAAAUUUGUGCGUAACCCAUUGAUAUGCGAGGCAGGGGCUGUGUCAGGUGCUGGGUGGGUGCUGCCAUGCUCUGCUGUGCUGUCACCCUGGGGACAUGGGUGGCCAGCCUUGGGGACAGCUUGUCCACCCAGAGCCCUCCCUGUAGAUGGGGUCUUGUGAGCUUGGCAGGAGCUGGGGCAGGUUUAUCAUUGUCAUGAGCUCUGCUCCUGGCACAGUGCUGAGAGUGGGGUGAGCGGCAGAGAAAUGAGAAGGAACAGGCUGUUCCACCUCCAGAGAGUCCUCUGUGGGCUUUUGGGGGCACCAUGAGACCUCGGCAUCGUUACACUCAUAUCACUGAAGGGCAGUGAGAGCAUCCUGUGCCCUGCCUGCCCUUCCUGGCUGCACAUCAGCUUCAAAUGCCCAGCUCCUCUGUCCCUUGUGUUUUAUAGCUGUCCCUUGCAGCUUCAGUG